CACAAAACGAGCCUACAAAAGGAAGAAACGGAGGAGAAGAUGGAGGAAGGGAAGAACAAGAAGCACUUCAUUCUAGUGCAUGGUGCGUGUCAUGGAGCAUGGUGUUGGUACAAGGUGAUUACGCUACUAACAUCCACAGGCAACCAAGUUACAGUGGUCGAUCUUGCAGCUUCGGGCAUCAAUUUGAAGAAGCUCAAGGACGAGGUCAGCACGUUUUCCGACUAUUCUCAGCCGUUGCCGGACAUCAUGGCCUCACUUCCUCCACAAGAAAGGGUGAUCCUAGUAGACCACAGCCUUGGAGGUUUGAACCUGGCUCUAGCCAUGGAUAGGUACCCUGAGAAGGUGUCGGUCGCCGUCUUCCUGACAGCAUUCAUGCCGGAUUCUUCUAACAUGCCCUCUCAUGUCUUGGAUAAGGCAUGUACUUGUCAUUUAGUUACUUAUGAAGAUGUGUGCCAUUUACAAUUUUCCUUCUUCUUAUUUUUAUUUUUAUUUUUAUUUUAUUUAUUUAUUUUUUGUUCUUGAAUGAUAGCAUUAUGAGCAGACAUCGUUGGAUCUUCUCAUGAACUGUAAAUUGGACCUUAAUAAUGGUCAAGGAGAGCCUUCAACGAUCUUAUUCGCCCCAGGUUCUUGUCGCAAAGGUGCUAUCAGCUCU